AUGUGGCAGGCGCAGCGCAGAAUCACGCUGCGCCUCGCCCGGGCCUAUAGGACGGUGUCGCAUGCGGCGGCCACGGUCCUGGCGGGAACACCCCCCCUUGACCUUCUGGCAUUAGGGCACGCCGAAGUAUAUCGGCAUGUCCGCCAGGUCAAGGAGCAGGGUGUCGUCCCAACUGCCAGGAUCAUGGAACCUCUGAGAUUGAAGGUGCGACAGUGGGUUAUCGAGAGCUGGAAGGCUCGUCUCCAUGAACCCACUGUCGCCGGUGCUCGGACGGUAGAAGCCAUUCGGCCCUGCUUGGAGGAUUGGCUCGGCAGGGCCCACGGGGGCUUAUCCUUCCGUCUUGUGCAGGUACUGACGGGCGGAUGUUUUGGCCGGUACUUGCACAGGAUCGGAAGGGAGCGCACGGCACGGUGCCCGCACUGUGCGGCGGACGAAGACUCCGCGCAGCACACACUUGAAGAGUGUGAUGCUUGGGUUGUGGAGCGCGGGGUCCUCGUCCCAGUGUUGGACGGAGAUUUCUCGCUGUCGACUAUCGUCCGACGCAUGGUCGACAGCGAGGAAAUUUGGAGAGAGGUCUCCUCCUUCUGA